CAGAUUUCAUUCCGACAUAAAUCCUCUCCGGAAGCGGAUCGGCGUUAGGACCCAGCUGCAGCAGAGGUACAGUAGCGAACAUCUGUCUCCUCUGUAUGAACUGCGCCUGGACUCCAGUCUGAAGACACACAUGCAGCAGCAGCCUGGCUCUCGGCUCGCUGAGGACCGGACCGGACCGGGAUGUGGGACGAGGCGUCCGGACCAUGACAGAAAGUGGAGCGAGACGCACUAAACCGCAGCGAUAAGACAUCAAAAUGAAGACCCCGGUGCGCCAUGGGGUAGCCGUGCUCCUCGUGCUUCUCCUGUGUGCCAGCCUGUUCCUGGUGUACAACGGGAGCUUCAAUGGUGCUUCCAGGGACACCAAUGACACGCGCAUCCGACAGCACGAACAGCUGCAGCGACUCCCCGAAGCCCCAGCCAGUGUGGCAAAGCCUCACCUGCCGGUCCUCCAGGGAUACAGUGGCAUCAUCGACCAUAAGCCUCUCAGGAUGCACUGCCAAACUUGCUCCCUGGUGACCAGCUCUGGUCACCUCAUCGGUGGAGGCCGGGGUCGAGAGAUUGACCGGGCGGAGUGUGUCAUCCGCAUGAAUGAUGCGCCCACCGCCGGCGCUUUUGCUCGUGACGUCGGCUGCCGCACCUCCCUGCGGGUCAUUGCUCACUCCAGCAUGCAGCGCGUCCUGCGUAGCCGCCAUGAGCUGCUCAACGCUAGCCAGGACUCAGUGUUCAUCUUCUGGGGGCCCAGCAACUACAUGAGGCAUGACGGGAAGGGGCUGGUGUACAACAACCUGAGGCUGAUGAACCAGGUGCUGCCCAAACUCCGAGUCUACAUCAUCUCCUGGCAGAAGAUGCUGCAGUUUGAUGAUUUGUUCAAGAAGGAGACAGGCAAGGACAGGAAGAUUUCCAACUCCUGGCUGAGCACCGGCUGGUUCACGAUGACCAUCGCUCUGGAGCUGUGUGAUAGGAUCAACGUGUAUGGCAUGGUGGCCCCUGACUUCUGCAGGGAGCCCCAGCACCAAUCUGUCCCUUAUCACUACUACGAGCCACGCGGCCCGGAUGAGUGUGCCAUGUACAUUUCCCACGAGCGCGGCAGGCGUGGCAGCCACCACCGCUUCAUCACGGAGAAGCGGGUAUUUGCCAACUGGGCACGGACGUUUGACAUCCACUUCUAUCAGCCCGACUGGAGCCCCCCGCCGCUGCCAGCCAACCGGACGCUGGAGGGGACGGCCCCUGCUGCUCCCCAGAAGACGUGACUGGAUUUUGGGGUUGAAGAAAAGCUUCAGACAUGGAUGGAUCUGUGGUGAACACUGGUGCUGAGGGGACCACUGGACACCAGUCACCAAAGGAGUGAUCCAGUUUGAGAACAUCGUUAAGAGAUGAAAGGAUCAUCAAACACUUCCCUGAAGCGUGUGUGUGUGUGUGCGUGCGUGUGUGUGUGUGUGUGUGUUCACCAGAAGGAUCACAGAUCACUGGUGUUAGGUUUCCCUGUCAGAUGAAAGGUUCGUGCAGGAUUCACAAACCAUUCAAGCACCUGAAAAUGCAUCAGGGUAGUCUAGAAAACAACGUAGGCUGAAAACAAACGAAGGUGUUACAUGUGACUGUUGCAAAGUGUGAAUCAUUAUUUAAAUGUCAAAAUAGUCUGCAGUUUCUAAAGACUGUGUAGGUCAGCUUGGAUGGGAAUCUGUAAACCCUCGUCUCAUGCAACAAAAGGCUCAAUCUCUGUCAAAGCAGCUAAAUAAAUCACUCCCUUGGCUUUCGUUUACUCUGCCUGUGAGAUGUGUGCACAACGAGCUCAUCCAAAUCAAACUUUGCUCUGCAGCACAUCCGGGAUGAUUGGCAGGUGUGUAACUGUCUCUGGGAUGUUUUAUCUUGUGUGUGCGCUUCUUUCCAUCCUGUACGUUUAUAUUAUAAGUCUUUGUUGGCUCCUGUCAGCAGCUAAUAGUGCAAUUUAUUUAACUACAAUGUAAAAGCUCAGCCAUGUCACAGAAGACAAGUGUGAGAUGAAGAUCGAGAGCUGGAGAGCAGCAGCGGCAUCCAUCUACCAUAUUCAUCUGCUGCUUCUACUGUGAGCCUGAAUCACCUCUUGGAGAAGUGACACAGUUUAGAAAAAUACAGUAUUUUUUUUUUGUUAACUUGAGCGUGCGAUCUGUCACUCUCUUGCUCUGGAUUGUAUUUCAUGAGCUGCAUGUGAACCUUUCCUCUCGGUUCUCCUCUACUUCAUGAAUAAAAACCAGGUGUCAGUCAGGAAAAAGUGAUGAGACACACAGUUAUUUUAAUGAUACAUGCUGUUACUAAGUCCCUAUCGAUUUUUCCACAUCCUUGCAACAUGAGUAAUGGGACAGCAGACGCUGUAGGUCAAAUACAUGAGUGCUCUCUCCACAGCUUCCUGUUUCACUCUACACGAUUACCUCUAAAACGUUGUAAACAGCUGCAGGUGCCGACACUAAACCACAACAAAGACGUGUUUUUACUACCAACCAUGUGAUUGCUAUUUAAAUCUGACUAAAUCACUUAGAAGUAUAGUUAUCAGUUAGUGGAAUUACAGUCAGGUCCAUAAAUAUUGGGACAUCGACACAAUGCUAAUAUUUUGGCUCUAUACACAAUCACAAUGGAUAUCAAAUGAAACGAACAAGAUGUGCUUUAACUGCAGACUGUCAGCUUAUAUUUGAGGGUAUUUACAUCCAAAUCAGGUGAACGAUGUAGGAAUUACUACAGUUUGCAUAUGUGCCUCCCACUUGGUAAGGGACCAAAAGUAAUGGGACAAUUGGCUUCUCAGCUGUUCCAUGGAAGAAGAAGAAAAUAUCAUUUCUAUAGCACCUCUCAAGAUAAAAAUCACGAGGCGCUUCACAAAAACAAAAACUGUAAAAAUAUAAAAGAGAAUUUAGAAAAUGUUAAAAAAUAGGCAAUUGUGAUUUAAAAAAUGUUAAGAAAGAGAGAGAGUGAACAGGAAAGAGGGAAAUCAGUGGAUCCUGAGGAAGGUGGAAUAGGUGGGGAGAGCAGAAUAAAGAGAGAGUGGUGAAGAAGGUCAUACAAAAGCCAGCUUGAACAAGUGAGUCUUCAGCUGCUUUUUAAAGGAGACCACUGAGUCCACUCAGGCUCAGGGGAGGGAGUUCCAGAGUCUGGGGGCCACAGCAGCAAAUGAUCUGUCACCUUUGGUCUUUAGCCUGGUGCUGCACAACCAGUAGGCUUUGAUCACUGGACCUCAGGGACCUGCUGGGGGUGUAGGGACUAAGAAGAUCACCAAUGUAUGAUGGUGCUUGUCCAUGUAAGGCCCUAUAGACCAGAACCAGGAUGUUGAAAUGAACCCUGAAGUUGACUGGCAGCCAGUGAAGCUGGAGGAGAAGCGGAGUGAUGUGGCCAGGUGUGUGUUAUUCUCUCAUUAUCCCAGUUACAAUGAGCAGAUAAAAGGUCCAGAGUUAAUUUCAAGUCUGCUAUUUGCAUUUGGAAUCUGUUGCUGUCAACUGUCAAGAUGAGAUCCAAAGAGCUGUCACUAUCAGUGAAGCAAGCCAUCAUUAGGCUGAAAAAACAAAAGAAACCUAUCAGAGAGAUAGCAAAAACUUUAGGCAUGGCCAAAACAACAGUUUGGAACAUUCUCAAAAAGAAGGAACGCACCGGUGAGCUCAGCAACACCAAAAGACCCGGAAGACCACACAAAACAACUGUGGUGGAUGACCGAAGAAUCCUUUCCCUGGUGAAGAAAACACCCUUCAAGUUGGCCAGACCAAGAACACUCUCCAGGAGGUAGGUGUAUCUGUGUCAAAGUCAACAAUCAAGAGAAGACUCCACCAGUGUGAAUACAGAGGGUUCACCACAAGAUGUAAACCAUUGGUGAGCCCCAAAAACAGGAAGGCCAGAUUAGAGUUUGCCAGACAACAUCUAAAAAAGCCUUCACAGUUCUGGAACAACAUCCUAUGGACAGAUGAGACCAAGAUCAACUUGUACCAGAGUGAUGGGAAGAGAAGAGUAUGGAGACGGAACGGAACUGUUCAUGAUCCUAAGCAUACCACCUCAUCAGUGAAGCAUGGUACUGGAAGUGUCAUGGUGUGGGCAUGUAUGCUGCCAGUGGAAAUGGUUCUAUUGUAUUUAAUGAUGAUGUGACUGCUGACAAAAGCAGCACGAUGAAUUCUGAAGUGUUUAGGGCAAUAUUUUCUGCUCAUAUUCAGCCAAAUGCCUCAGAACUCAUUAGGCAGCGCAUCACAGUGCAGAUGGACAAUGACCCAAAGCAUACUACAAAAGCAACCAAAGAGUUUUUGAGGGGAAAGAAGUGGACUGUUUUGCAAUGGCCAAGUCAGUCACCUGACCUGAAUCCGAUUGAGCAUGCAUUUCAUUUGCUGAAGACAAAACUGAAGGGAAAAUGCCCCAGGAAUAAGCAGGAACUGAAGACCGUUGCGGUAGAGGCCUGGCAGAGCAUCACCAGGGAUGAAACCCAACGUCUGGUGAUGUCUAUGUGUUCCAGACUUCAGGCUGUAAUUGACUGCAAAGGAUUUGCAACCAAGUAUUGAAAUGUAUAAGUUUGAUUUAUGGUUCUUAUUCUGUCCCAUUACUUUUGGUCCCUUAACAAGUGGGAGGCACAUAUGCAAACUGUUGUAAUUCCUACACCGUUCACCUGAUUUGGAUGUUUAUACCCUCAAAUAAAAGCUGACAGUCUGCAGUUAAAGCACAUCUUGUUCGUUUCAUUUGAUAUCCAUUGUGGUGGUGUAUAGAGCCCAAAAUGUUAGCAUUGUGUCGAUGUCCCAAUAUUUAUGGACCUGACUGUAUGUGGAGAGCUAAUGAGUAGUAAGUGUCUUACAUGCAGCAGGGAACCGUCAAUAGUCUGAGUUAAUCUGAUCAAAAACUUUAUUAAUAGCUCAAAUUAAUUGUGCAAACCUUUUUAGAUUAACUUCUAUAGAAAUGUGAAUGACUGGAAUCUUACCUGCUGUAGAUGGCUCUUUGAACAACCUCAGUUUGGAGAAAAAGAGAUGGUAACAGCUGGGCCAAAUCAAAGUGUGUCACCAUCUUAAACACAGUAAGAUAGCAUUGACAAACAUGAUGUAAAAAGAUGUCAAACAGCAAUAAAAAGACAAAGACAACAAAAUACAAUAAAGAUUUAAAGC